GAACGCGAGUGCCGAUGCAUCCAUGCGUGCGUACUAUUCCGGUGAUGCAGACUGAUGCAGACGGACUUCGUCCGUACUCCAUGAUGGAUGUGAUGUGUUCGAGCCGUAAGGUGCAACUUUAAUUUGCAACUCUGACACCGUCGUCGCCCAAUUGUGCUACGACAUGACUUCGCCCAACAAUCACGGACUUGUCAGAGGUUACCAGCGUUUCACCGAAGAUGCGGCUCUCGAUUUAGCCCACGAAGACUAUGGGUCGUCCAGUCCCAAUAAAGCAGAAAUUGCAUACGAAUUUAUGUUCAUGCGAUCAAGACAGACAUGUAAGGACGUCACCAAAUGGAAACCUCGAUGUACCAAAUGAUGCAGGCUAUCGAAUCACUUUGAGGGGGACUGAAGCAGCUUUGUCGGAGAGUGCUGCUCUUGCAAGACAUGCAGCGGUUUUGGAUGCAGACAUGCAUUGGGAAAUGAAUUAUCACGAGGCAGCAAUUUUUUUAGAAGAAGGAAGAAACAACGAGAAAUUCGAUUCUCAUCCCCGACAUCCUGAGGAUUUACCAGCAUACCUUUUAGUGCAUAAUAAUUGGUAUUACGGCCUUGACUUAUUAACGUCUCUUAUUCUUUUGGCAUUAGCCCUUGUGGAAGAGCCAGCCAUUCCGUUAUUUCAGUUGCCGGUAUGGGCGCACGGAUCCAUAGAGUUAUUUGCUCUGAUUACAAUUGGCGUUGAAUUAGCGCUAAAAUUGAGAUGGAUAGGAUGGGGAACUAUUUUAAAGCAUAAACGUACUAUGCUUAAGUGCAUUACCCUAGCAAUUAUGUUUGUCGAGGCCAUGAUAGUACUAGCUCGACAAUCUUCCCACUUUAGAGUAACUCGUGCACUAAGGCCUAUUUUUCUAGUAGACACAAAAUAUUGUGGAGGAGUCAGAAGAUUCAUCCGACAGAUAUUACAAACUCUGCCACCAAUCCUUGAUAUGCUGGGACUUCUUUUAUUUUUCAUGCUUACGUACAUGGUUUUGGGCUAUUACAUGUUCAGUGAAAUGAACAGGAACUUUCGUACCCUACAAGACAGCUUUGUGAGCUUGUUCGUUCUGCUUACUACUGCGAAUUUCCCAGAUGUCAUGAUGCCGUCUUUUUCGAGGAACAAAUGGUAUGCGAUCUACUUCGUAUCUUAUUUAAGUACAAUGCUCUACGUGAUGAUGAACUUGAUGCUGGCCGUGGUAAAUGAAACUUUCACGUCCGCGGAGCGGGAUAAAUUUAAAAAGUUGCUUCUUCAUAAGAGGAAGGCCUGCCAGCAUGCUUUCAAGUUGUUAGUUUCUAAGCAAAAUCCUGACAAAAUGAGAUUUCGUCAGUUUGAAGGCCUCAUGCGAUAUUAUGCACCGCAUAAAUCUACUUUGGAUGUCAUUCUGAUGUUUCGGCACAUGAAUGCAUCGGGCAAUGGGGUCCUCACUACUGAAGAAUUCUCAUCGGUCUACGAUGCCACUACUCUUCGAUGGGAAUUGCAAUAUUCGAGUGUACCGUGGUAUCACGCUGCGUGGCAUCCUUUGCAAAUGCUGUGUACAGCUGCUCAUACCGCGAUCUCGUGGCCGUACUUCGAAGUGAUAGUUUAUACUGCGAUUAUUGGUAACGGAAUUUCAAUGCUAGCGAGACUCGUGCAGCCUAACGAAAGCGUGCAGGAGUCCGUACACAUGUUUGCUGCAUGUUGGGAUACCCUACUUUUUGGAGGACUGUUCGUAGCUGAGGCAUUGACUAAAUUAUUAGGCCUUGGUAUAAGACGUUACCUGAGCUCUGGUUGGAAUCUUUUCGACAUGGGAACGUCAAUUAUGACUUUAGUGGCAGCAUGUGGUUUAACGUUGUUCCCGAACGCCACGUUUCUGGUAGUCUUCAGACCACUAAGACUCCUGAGAUUAUUUAAAUUGAAAAAACGAUACCGAGAUGUCUUCGGUACAUUAGUCAUUUUAACGCCGUUAAUGUGCUCGACUGCAAUCGUUAUGCUCGUUUUAUAUUACUUUUUUGCCAUUAUCGGAAUGGAAUUGUUCGCAGGCUACGAUAUGCGAAACUGUUGCAAAAACACGACAGUCGAAGAUUUUUAUAAGUAUUCUGUGAAUGGAAGCAAUACAUUGGGGUAUUACUACUUGAAUACGUUUGACAAUCUCGCUGCGAGUUGUAUGACCCUCUUUGAAUUAACCGUUGUAAAUAAUUGGUUUAUACUCAUGAACGCUUAUGCAGCCACUGUAGGCUUGUAUACUCGAGGAUACUUUAUGAUAUUUUAUUUGGUUACUAUGAUCGUACUGACUAUUGUGGUCUCUAGCUUUUUGGAAGCCUUUAGAUUUAGGAUACAGUAUAAAAGAUCAACAACAAAACGUGAUGAGGAGAAGAUGUUGCACGAAGAGGUCGAAUUAAAGUGGGACGAGUUGCAAUCUCUACUUCAGGACUUUCAGUUUUUGGACCAACUUAGAUCGUUUUUAAUCGUUGGCGGUACGACAGCAUUUAUUGGCUCUCGUCCACGAACAAGAGAAGUUCUGCAACGGCGAAUGUACACUCAUGAAAUAAAUGAGUGGCUAGCUGAAGCUAAAUUAGAGGAGAAACACAGUGGAUCGGAACGCCUGGAGGAAUCGGAUGAAUCUAGAUCUGCUGAUGGUACUACCAGUCCUAAUCAUACUGUAUUGAAUGGAGGUCCAUUAUCUCAACGGUAUAAUGACGUUACUAGCCCUAUGUAACACUUCCACGGUGCACUAGUAUUAGCAAAUUAGAUAUUUUACAGAUAGAGCGGAACAAAAACGUAAACAAAAUGAUGAUCGAUAUUAUAGGAUCGUUUUUAUUUUGUGGACGUAAGAAAGGCUAAUGCCUAGAAUAUUUGAGGAUUUUAACAUAAUUUUUUUUGGCUUCCUCACUCUUCCAAAAGUCACAGUAUGUGCAUUAAUAAUAUGCAGUAGAUAUGAGGUCGAUACGGUAAUUGUAAUAUUAGAUGUUAGGUUUACUCACGUUUUGUUACUGUGGAUGCAAAUGACUAAUUGCUGGACAUAAUAGAGCAUCGCAGCAAUGAAUUUUAUUCCUUAGUAUUAGUAGUAUAAUCUACUAAUGCUAAUAUCAUUUUAUACAUGAAAUCAAGACUUACUAAAAGGAAAGUAACGUUCAUUUUCAUCUUACUUUUCAUUAAUAAUGUGCUGGCUGGUCCAUGUAUGACGAUAAUUACUUAGCUUUGUAGACGUUAUUUUAAACAUUUGACUAAAACGAGACCUUAUUACAAAUGUAUAAUAUUGGAUACUCUUCUUCAUGUAAACAAUUUAACUUAUUUGAAUACAGAAACAAAGAAUUCGGAGGUUGAAAAAUAUCCUUGAGCUUUAAAAAUGUAACAUCGUUCCAUCUUUGAUUGAAUUACAUGAUGCAAUACUUUGUUCAAUUAUAUUAUAUAUUCUUCAAACAAAAAUCUAUGCGUUUACAGUAUCAUAAUACUAGUAUGACGUGUUCAAAAGAUAUGUUAAAACGGAAAUAUUACAAAUUACAAGUUUACGUUAAUAUUACACAAAAUAUUGUGAUUUCUGUUUAACGUUGUCCAAAGGUUUUGGAAUAGACAAUUAGUCAAUUUUAUAUUUGAAAUAUAAUUUAUACUUUCAAGGAUAGUAAUAACUGUACUAAGUUUUAAUGCCAGUGCAAUAUUGAAUUCUGAGUCUCAAUUAUAUUCCACACGUUUAGUUGUUUAGAGAUUAUGUUUAUCCUGAAGAUGACAGCUUUUUAAUUGAGUAUUAAUGAUAUUUUAUAUUGUGAUAUAGUAUAAAUAAUAAAAUAUAAUUUAAUUAUAUAAGCUAAUCACAUUUUCACCAUAUAAGGUAGUAGAAACAAGAAUGUACUGACCAAAUUAUGUACAAAACAUUAAUUUAAACAUAUGCAUCACAAAAUAUGUCACUCACUGUAUUUGUUGAAUAAAAACAACAUGCAAUAUUA